UGCGUGCUCGCGCAGCCCUGACUCUGCGCUGAGAUCUCGCCGCGCGCACAAGUGACUCCUCCGUUCCCACUCCGCGUCCCGAGAGAGGAAGAAAACUUUCCCGAAACUUUUUUAUCGCCAUUUCAUCGCGUCUUCCACUACAGAGCCAACGCGGAUCUCCUCAUGCGAAGAAACGGGUUAAUAAGUUUGAACAUGCGUGCGCAUUUGUAGCGACUUGGCUUUUCGUACUUGUUUUUCUUUGAAAAGUUUGAACGAAGCGUCGCCUCUGUUGUCGACCUUUUGCUCACUUUUAAUCUGUUGCACAUUAACGGGAGUGUUUCGCUCGCCGAGGCCCGGGUUUUUAUUGCUCGAUACACAAAUCAGUUCGCUCGAGCGUUGAAAAGCAGCGAAGUUACACCGAGAGACGGCGCAUCUCCAUGAGGAAACCCGAAGUGGGAACCGAAGAGAUCUCGUGACGUCGUUUUCGUUUUAUUUUUCGUUGGUGCUCCAUUGCUCGAGGUAACCGGCGAUGAAGCUGAUCGCUGUAUUUACUGUAUGUCUGUCGGUGGUGGUUUCGGCGUCGGCUCAGGCUGAACAGAAGUUGAAGAACUGCAAUGAAGUCAGAACUGCCUACAGCUCGAUAGGUCUCAACGUCAACGAUGUUCCCAACAAAGGAGUGCACGGGUCCCAUCUGAAAGUCUGUCCUCAAGGUUUCUCUUGCUGUACUCUUGAGAUGGAAGAGAAGUUGAGUCAGAAGAGCCGCACGGACCUCAAAGCGCCCGUCCAUCAGCUCAGCUCCAACCUGCAGAGCACCUUCACCCAGAGACACCGUCACUUUGACCAGUUCUUUAGAGAGUUGUUGAACAAUGCCGAGAAAUCCCUUAAUGACAUGUUCGUCAAGACCUACGGCAUGAUUUACGUAAAGAACGCCGAACUUUUCAAGCACUUCUUUCAAGAGCUGCGACGAUACUACUCUCACGGGAGCAGCGCCGUCAACCUGGACGACAUGUUGUCGGAGUUCUGGACGGAGCUUCUGGAGCGCAUGUUCCGGUUGGUCAACGUUCAGUACGAGUUUAAUGAGGGUUACAUGGAGUGCGUCAGCAGACACAUGGAGCAGCUCAAGCCCUUCGGCGACGUUCCACGCAAGCUCCGCCUACAGCUGACACGGUCCUUCAUCGCAGUCCGCACGUUCACCCGCGGCCUGGCGCUCAUGCCUGAAGUGGUGGGCAAAGUCUCCACGGUAAGUGCGUCUCCGAGCUGUGUGCGUGCGGCUAUGAAGAUGUUAUACUGCCCGUAUUGUACUGGCCAAGUGGCAUUGAAGCCCUGCAAGAACUACUGUCUCAACGUCAUGCGUGGGUGCCUCGCCAAUCAGGCCGACCUGGACACAGAAUGGAAUAACUUCCUGGAUGCCAUGUUGGGUCUUGCUGAGAGAUUAGAGGGGCCCUUCAAUUUCGAGUCCGUUAUUGAUCCAAUAGACGUGAAGAUUUCGGAUGCCAUCAUGAACAUGCAGGAGAACAGCAUGCAGGUCUCACAGAAGGUGUUCCAGGGUUGUGGGCAGCCUAAACCCAACAUGGCUUUCCGAACAAAGCGCUCUGUUAAAGAACCAGGGUUCCCCGGGCGUUUCCGACCCUACAGCCCUGAAGCCAGACCCACUACUGCAGCUGGCACCAGUUUGGACCGAUUGUUGACGGACGCCAAGAAGAAGCUCAAACAUGCCAAGAAGUUCUGGUCCACACUUCCAGACACAGUCUGUGUUGGAGACAGGGUCAACCCGGGUGAUGAGUGCUGGAAUGGCACAGCCAAAAGCAGGUACGAAUCUGUCGUUAUGGGCAGCGGCUUAGCCAAUCAGGUGUCAAAUCCUGAUGUGGAAGUUGAUAUCACCAAACCAGACAUGGUCAUUCGUCGUCAGAUUGCGGGGCUGAAAGAAAUGACCAGCGGGCUAAAAGCUGCCUACACUGGCAACGACAUUUCAAUUAACAUUGAUGACGCCGGCAGUGGAGAGGAAAGUGGAAGUGGCUGCGACUCCCCCGCUUGCGACAGCGAUGGAGAUAUCUACUUCUCCACCCCGUCACCCGUCAAGCCACGUAUUGUUAAGACCCAAGGGAAAGACCCGUCCUCUGGUGGAACCCUGUUGGCACCCUGCAGCCUGGCACUGGCGGCUCUCCUGCUGGCCUUGCUCACUCUCCACUCAAGAUAAAAGCGGCCAAAUGAGAGAGGAUGAGUGUUUGUACGAAUUUGAAAGAGAGCAGAAAACUGCAAUAGGACAUUACAGAGACUGCUUUCAGGAUCUGCCUCUGCCGGCCAUCUGGAGAACACACUCAAGUUAUUCAUAUUCAAAAAAACUUCACUUUAUUUUUGUUUGUGUAUGAGAGCGGACUUCAUUUAUGUACAGCUUUAAGUUUCCACGCAGCAUUACGCUUCCUCACAUUCAGUCUGUCAGUUUUGUUUUUUCAUUGCUGUAGUACUACGAAUAGGUUGUGUGUGUGUGUAUGAGUCUGUUUGUGUGAAAGGUAUGUAUGGAUGGCUGUAUAUAUCAUCCGAGCGCUUUAAAUAAUCAACCAAUAUAACACCGGUAUAAACUGAUUUAAGCAAAUUUGUAUUUGAAGUUCUAACUCGACAGGAUUUUUAACCCGUUUCUGCGAAUUUGUGUGUGUGAGUGCGCGAGUGCGCACUUGCUUGGAUGCAUUAGUUAGCCGUUCAUAAAUUAGUUCCUGGAUGUUGAGGAACAAAUCAUAGGAUGCCUUACAUUGGUCCAUUAUCUGGAUACGCAAGCAAGGGCUGUGACCAACAGGAAUGUGCAUUUGUAUGUGCGUAUGUAUACAUUGCUGCCUUGAUGAAUGGAAUCAGAGAGACUCAUGGGAAAGAAUGUUCUUGCUAAGUGGGUUGAGUAGGUUUGUCAAGGAGUGCAUCAUGAUUUGUACUUGUCAGGUUUUUUUAUAGUCUUCCAAGUCCUCAGUAACGCAGCCCCCAUCUCAUCAUCCCAUAUACUUUCAGUGGUCCAGCGAAUGUAUAACUUGAGAAUAUAGUCUUCACUAAUAAUUUAUUGUGUGGAUUAUGUCACAGAAAGGAGCUUUGGUUAGGUAAGGUGUCUUAUUUGAAAGUUGAUGGAUUAAAAGGCUACUCAUAGCACAGCAUACACGUAUCCUGUGUAAUGUGCAGGUAAUAUGGAGGUUUUUACUGCAUGGAUGUUUAUUUAUGAACUUACAGGAGGGCCAGUUAGAUAAGAGCGUACAACUGCAGAUGGCUUCAGACUGAGCUGUCAGGAUGGAAAUGAAUAAUGAUGAAUUGUACACGGGGUUAUAUGAUGAGGUGUUUUUAUUUUGCUAGAAGUUUAUUUUAAGGUAUUAAUGAUAUAAAACUAAAUGAUAGGUACUGCAGCUGAUUCCACGUCACCAGAAUGGCAAUCGGUGCUGAGAGGUCACUAGAGGUGGAUGGCCUCAGAUUUUUCUUUCAUUUUUUGUUUGUUUGCAACAUCAUUUCUGACCUUUUCCAUUCCCAGUUGUCAGUUCUGUGUUUGCAUUUUAAUAUUCAUAGAAAAUCAAUCUUUGGUACGGUUUUUAAAGUCAUUCCUCAUUUAGCGUAAUAGACAAUAUGUGGUACGAUCUAACACUUGUUUUUAUGAUUUUUUUAAUGAUUUUUAAUCUAAGUUGCUAUAAAUACAAAUGUCGGACAAAUGCAGUGUUGGUUUCCUCAGUUAUGUACUGAAGAGCUUUCCACCCCUUCUCAGAAAACUUACCCCUCAUUCUUGUACAGUAAGUUAUUUAACCACACAUCUAUUUGAAAGGCAGCAUGCUUUACUCUACUAGGUCUCUUAAUAUCAGUAUUCACAAUAUUUAUAUCUGUAGAGGAUGCAUUCUAAUGAUUUGACAGUUGUAAUUGAUGGUUUUGUAUUGGCUACAGAUUUCAUGUAAUGUAACAUUUAGAUUUUGUAAAGCAAAGCUACCAUUAUCUUUUCUUUAUCAUCAUAAGUUUAUGUAUGGGGAUUGUGAAAAUUGUAAAUGGUGAUGCAAGGACGGGGCUGGCCAUAAGUUCUUGAUUGUUCCUGACGUCACAUGCACUUUUAAUUGGCAUUCAAAUACCUCACGCAAGUUUUAAAUGCUUUUAAACCUAUCUGCAACAUGCAUUUUUAUCCUAAAUGCUAUAUGAUUUAAACUUAAUCAUUUUUCUUUAUUCAUUUCAGUACAUGUGUAUGAAUGGCCAGUCCUAAGACACGAAGAGAUAUUUGUCAGGGUUUCAGGGGGCAUAGAAAGAGUAAAGAUCUCUGUACAGAAGUGAUGCACCACACCUCAGAUUGAUGAUGUAUUUUUGUCCAGGCUGAUUUGCUAUGUGUGCCAUGAUUCGGAAGCAAUAUUUGUUUUCACCUUUUUGUAUGAUUCGAAGCUUCCCACUGUCACAUGUCUGAUGUAAAGACCAGGAAUAAGCAUUUUCAAAGUAAAUAUGACAUGGACAUAUCAAGACAUGGACACUUGUUAGCCGAGGAUUGCUAACCGAAGCAGUGUCAUCAUUAAUCUGGAUACUGAACUUUAGAUGGACAGAUUGCGGUUGUUGUUUGCCUGCUGCCCUGUACAGUGAUGAAGAGUGAAGAAAGAGAGAGACUAAAAGACAGUAAGAAAUUGUAAAUAAUGAGCAGUCGAUUUACUGGUCUCUGAGAGAUGUUCAUCAGAUUUUACCCAUUCAGAGUAUCUUCUUAAUAUGGGGAAAACAAAGUGAUAGAUGCUAAAAAUGUAAAAGAAAAGUUAUAUUAAACAUUUCCUAGUCUUGUUGAAAUAAAGACUGCAGAUAUUUAAAAUGUGUCGUGUCAUGUCUGC